CACCAAACCGGCCCGCGGAGUGCCCGGUGGGAUGAAUUCGCUUCCCCGCCCGCUGCACCACACAGCGCGACCGUCCACUGCCGAGCUGCGGCGCAGUUCGGCGGCCGGGUUGAACGUGGUGUCCCAGCGGCCACCGUUGCCGCCGAAGAUUGAGCUGCGCAGCCACAGCUACGAUGGGCUGCUGGACGAUACGGCUCGGUUGCAGCGUGGCAAGGCCGGGAGCCGGGAGGGUGCGGGGGUGAAGAAAGCAACCGAAGGGAAUGAUGAGGAUCGAGUGGAUGGACAUCGGGAGACGCCGAUCGCCGAGGACCAGCAGGAUCAGGAGGAACCGAUUAAAGUGGCGUCCCAGAUCAGGAAGCUGUUUGCGGAGCCGGCCAGUGGAGGAGGAGGAGGAGGAGGAGGAGUGGGCAGCUCGGCCGGGUCGGAAUCGUCGUCGAUCAAGAGCAAAAACCGGCGCUCGCGCAGUAUGGACGAUCUGUUCGACGACGAGCAAGCGGCCGGGACGGAUUGUAACUUUCUCGACAGCACGCAAAGCAUGGAGACGCUGCUGGAGCCGGUGUCUCCGGAUAAACAGCCCGAUACACCGCCGCCCGUCGCCUGUUCGAUGGGUGGAAACAUCUGCCUAAACCGACGAUUUGUACCGCCGGAGGAGGAACAGGCAGUGGCACCGGAGCUGUCCCGCCCAACAUCACAGGAGCAGCUGUGCGAGAAGGAAACGAUCACGGUGGACAGUACGCCCCGGUUUCAGGGCGGUCCGCCGGGUCCCUCGCAGAGGGACGACGAUGGGACGCCGGAACUGCCGGACGAGGAGGACGUCCAGUCGACGCACUCCUCCGUCACGUCGUCCGCAUCGGGCGGGCCGAAGAAGGCGCCCAAACCGCUGAUCAAUCGCUACGUCAAGAAGGUGAAAUCUUUCAUGAAGAUGUAACCGAGCUCGUCGCACUCGAAUAAGUAGUUGUUAAGGAGGGUGGUAGAAGGAGGUGGUGCUGCUGCACGGCAGGCAAAGCCAGGCCAUUCUUUUGUGAUCCUUUUUGCGAACCGAACGUGUGUCACAUGGGCACAGCAAAAACAAGGAAAAAAAACCCCGACGAGAAAACAAAACCCGAUACAACCGCACUGCGCCCGAUGGUUCCGCGAUUCUCCACUUACGUUACGGUUGCGUGUGUUACACGUUACUUUUUGCUUUUAAAUAGAAUUUGACUAUGCGAUGGCAGGGAUGGGUGGCGUUAGUGUUAGGCCGUAGGAGUUUUUGUUUUUAAUAUUUAAAACGAAAGUUAGUUUUUCCCUUUUUUCCCCCUUUUUAUCCCUUUUUAAACAAACUCGCUCGACAAUCAUCGCAUGCACGAUGGCGAUGAGAUAGUUUGGGGAGGAGAGUUUUACAAACCGUUCCAUUAAGCUAGCAAGGAUAAGAAGACACUACAAGAAGCAUACACAGAAAACAUAUUUACCCCUUAGCGCGUAAUACCACUGUCCUUGGAUCGAUGUAUUUUUUGUCGUGCUAAUUUAAUAUUACCAAUCGUACCACAACAAUUGCUGCUAUUACUACUUCUUUUACUACAUCUACUACUACUACUACUACUACUACUACUUACAUCAUUGUGAUUAGUUUCGCGCAUACCGUCCGCUGUUGUUUGCGUGCGGGAAUGCUGGAACGUUGUAAAAUAUAUUAUUUUAGACAUAUAAUGGUGAGGGUGCGUAGGAGGGAGGAGAAGAGUACCUCUCCUUCCGCCGCUGUGGCCCUCCGGUACCGUCAAAGUAUCUAGCUAGGCGAUAGAACCCGGUACGGUAGUAGUAUUUACCGAUUGGAUGUUAAUAAUUCUUUUCCAAGUAUGUAAAUAUGCGCUAACUCUUUCUCUCUCUCUCUUUCUCAAUCACUUUCGCAUACGCAAUGCCGCAAUGUCGUUUGAUGCUACUUCUUUGCGCGAUUGUGCGCGCAAACCCCUAAGCAAUGGAUACAUUUGACCGUGUGGGACCGUGUGUAUGUUGCUGUUGUAUCAUGUAAACCGUUUAAACCUCUUACAAGCUGUAGCUCUAGAGCAGUGCAGGGCUGUGGUGGAAUUUGAAUAGUAGAGGGCGAAGGCGCGACCAUGCGUCCAUACUAAGAAGAAAAAAAAAACAAAGUGCUUUAAAAACUGUGAAACCUCGGUGUAACCUUGAGAUGAUUUAGGGAGAAAAAGAACACACACAACAAUAACUAAAAAA